CUGUACGUGAAUCGUGAUCUACCGGUUACGCGGUUAAUGACGACGGUUUGUCAGGUCUAUAUUUGUAUUGCAUUUGUAUUGUCUGGAAACUAAUCGUGACAACAAGCGAUGCCUCGUAAGAAGGCCUUCAGUGGCAAGCAGAAGAAACGGCAGUUGCAUGAAAAACGGGAAAAAAAGAAGUGCGAAGUUAGCGAGGAUGACAGCGACUACCCGCGGCCGCACACCGUGCCGGACCGCACGCGCCUCGACAGUAUCCCCGACCACCAGAGCUCAGAUGCCGGCGAGUCGGACACGGACACGAGCGAGACGCUGUCAAUCACCGACGUGCGCAAGCUCAACCAGCAGCCUGACGACGAGCUGACGAGUAGGAAGAGAUACGAUGCAAACAGGUAUCGGCUUCAUUUUCAAAGAGAACCGAAGCAUGAGAUCCAUCGUAGGAAAGAGCUAGCGAUGAGACCAUUUAAACCGCUGUCUGAGAUUGCACUUGAGAUCUCUUUGGAGGAUAUUUACCGGCCUGGCACAGCUGUUGACAUGCCCAAGCGUCCUGCAUGGAACUAUUCAAUGAGUAAAGAGAAGGUGGAAGCACAGGAAGAGAGAAUGUUUAUGGCAUACCUAGAUAAGAUUUAUUCAGACUUCAAGUCUGAAGAGCUUAGCUAUUUUGAGCUUAACCUUGAGACGUGGCGCCAGCUGUGGAGAGUUUUGGAAAUAUCUGACAUUGUGCUGCUUAUCACAGACAUACGGUUUCCAGCACUGCACUUCUCGCCAGCACUCUACAGUUACAUUAUAAAGGAGUUGAACAAGGAUGUCGUGCUUGUUCUGAACAAGAUUGACCUCGCGCCAGCAUCCCUUGUCGCCGCAUGGAAGAACUACUUUCAGGAGCGCUUUCCCAAGUUACACAUCAUCUGCUUCAGCUCGUAUCCAAAAGAUCCGCGUGAGCAAGGCAUGCUAGAUCCCAACAAGGUGUUUCAUAAGAAGAGAGUGAAGACGAAAAAGAGGUUUAUCACGAUCGGACCACAGGACCUAUACCAAGCCUGUGAAGGGAUUGUCAGUGGAAAAGUGGACCUGCAAGGCUGGAAAGAGAGAAUUGCCGAGCAGAUGGAGUUUGAUGACAAUGAUGAAACUCACGAGAAUGAGGCCAUUGUUCAGGAGGAUUCUCUGCCAGAUGGCACCAGCGAUGUUCGUUACAAGAAUGGCAUCCUCACCAUAGGCUGUGUUGGCCAUCCCAAUGUUGGCAAGUCGUCGUUGCUUAAUGGACUUGUUGGUCGCAAAGUGGUCAGUGUGUCAAAGACACCUGGGCACACGAAACACUACCAGACUAUUUUCUUGACUCCCACCGUGCGUCUGUGCGACUCUCCCGGUCUUACGUUUCCAUCAGUCAUCGAGAAACCAUUGCAGAUACUGUCGGGCAUCUAUCCCGUGGCUCAGGUUCAGGAGCCCUACACGGCUAUCGGCUUCCUCGCUCAGAGGAUCCCACUAGUCUCCGUGCUCCACCUCAAGCCACCCGACUAUGUCGUCAGCAAACCGACAAGCGCUGCCGUCGAGUGGACAGCGAUCGACAUAUGUGAAGCGUGGGCUGAGAAGCGCAAUUUCAAGACGGCGAAGGCAGCGCGCAAUGACGUGUAUCGCGCUGCGAACAACCUUCUGCGGUUCGCGCAGGAAGGCCGGCUGCGCUUGUGCCUACGCCCGCCGGGAUUCACCAAGCAGAAAGAGAUGUGGGAGCGUCACGCCGACACACGGCUCAUCGCCGCACGGCAGAACCUCAACGCUGACAGGGACUCGAGCGACGACCUUGCGUCGACCUCCGACCCGUUCUCGAGCUGCUCGAGCGACGACGACGAGGCUGACAAGGCAGAUAAGAGCAGUAGUGAGACGGAGGCGACCGGCACCGAGCGCGUGCGCCUCACAAACCCCUACGCGCUAUUGACAGGCGACGAGUGACAUCACGCGGCGAUGGUGUCCGCGUGGCCGAUGCUUACUCGCUAUUGGCUGGCACCGAAUGACAUCACUCGGCGAUGGCAUCCACCUGGCCGAUGCUUACUCACUAUUGGCUGGCACCGAAUGACAUCACGCAGCGGUGGCGUCUACGUGGAGGAUGCUUAGUCGCUUUUAACUGGCAACGAGUAACAUCAUGUGGCAAAGGUUGCUGCCUAAGCGACACUUAUUUGCUAUUGGUUAAACAACGUUGUGAUGUCAUCACGGCAGAGCGUGCUGCUUGGCCGAUGCUUAGGUGCUAAUAAGUGAGACUCGCUAGUAGUAAGUGAGAUCAUAGGAUGAAUCACGAAUGUGUCAGUGUAGGGAAAGAUGCAGUGAGGAGAAUCCACCGUGGCGUUGUAGAGGCUCAUGGUUAAUGUCUCACUGAAUGGGAGGUGUCUUGUGAGGCGGAAGAUUUAUGUAAGCGACCACACAGUGAUGCUGUGGUUGGCGGCGGUGCAAUGUCACCGGGUAGGACAGUAUUGGGGAGUUAUCAUGCAGAGCACAAGCCAUCGUCACCAUUGUGUGAUGUCAGUGGGAUGAUCACGUGGUAAUAAGGUCUUGGUGACAGCCUUAAAGAAGAAAAUCACCUGGGAAUUAUUGUUAGGUUUACGAGACUCGCCAGUCCUUUUUGCUGUCAAGCGUUUUUGUAGUAAAAUGCAAUGCGAACACUUA